AUGGAACUCGGAGCCAAGACUCGAAUGAUGGAACUCACCGAUUCAAGCGACGAACUCAGUAGAGUUAGGGACGAGUCUAGGCAUUUGGCGAAGGAGACUCGCUCCGGUAUCAGAACCAGACUCGGCCUCGGAAUCGAUCUCAAUGAGAUCCCCUCACCUUCGCUCCACGAAACCCUACCCAAUUCAUUCGAAGUUGUCCGAAACUUCCACGACAAACCUCCGUUGCCGCUAGGAGGCCCUACGGAACUCCCUAGUGCAGAGAACGACGUCGGCGCCGGCAAUAUCAACCACGCGCGCUGCUCCUCUGGUGCUUGUGGUGCGUGCGGCAAUGGCUGCGAGCGCGGCUUCCACAUUGACUACGCCGGAGCGAGAGAGAAAGAGAGAGAAGUUUAA